GUGAAGUAUUUCCUGGAAUAUUGAGCUUUAGACACGAUGAGAAACCUAAAACAAAUGUACAACUAGUCAUUCUGCCUCUACCUGAUCAGUCAUUGGUGUGUCACUAUCUUCAAUGUAUUAAACUCUACUCUGUUUUGUUAUCAACAUAGUGAUUAAAAAUGUUUCCUAGAAGAGGAAAUGGAAAUCUCCGUAGGAUGUACGGGUAUUUCCGUUGCCCAGACUGCAGGAAACAAUGUGAGAGCUCUCAUGUGUACGGCAAGCCAGGAGAACGUGGGGCCGCCUAUGGACAAGAGUGUAAAGACUGUCGUAUUAUGUGCAUGCCUUACCGUCUAGAAAAUAUCAAGUGCUCACAAUGUGGUCAAACAGAUUGUGAAUGUGAGAGAAGGCAUGUUGACCCCAACAAGAACCACCGCAGUGACCUGUGUGGCAAGUGUAAAGCUGGUUUGAAAUGUGGAUUUCGAAGAAACUGAUCGUGGUCUUAAUACUGUGGUGUAACUUACAUACCAAAGGGUGCAACUUACAUACCAAAGGGUGCAACUUACAUACCGUUUUUUGGUGUAACUUAUAUACCACGUAGUGUAACUUAUAUACCAUGUGGUAUAGCUUAUAAACCAUACAUACCAUGUAUCAUCUUAUUCCAAUGUCCACUUUCAGACUUUCUACAUUCAAAAGAUAACCUUAGUGUCAUUGCAAUAGACUAUAUUUAUACAGAGAGAAAGGAGAGAGAGAGAGAGACAAACAUAUAUAUAUGUGUACCAACCAGAAUGUUAAUUCUUUAUUUUAUUUUGUAUUGAAUUCCAUUGUGUCACACAAUUGUCCAGUGUAAGCUAUACAAUGUUUAAAGUACAGUUUUUCAGAUUUAAAAGAGGUGAUCGCGAAUGAAAUUCAUAUUUUCUAUUCCUACUAUUGACUUACACUGUUUAACAUUCUCCUCGUGGGAAAAGGUUGGUUUGACAAUCUGGAGAUGCCUGAAACUGUCACCAAAGUCUAUAGUGUUACACUAAUAUUUUUUUUUAAUGACGAUUAGAUCAUUUACAAUCAAAUAGGAUCCGAUCUAAUCUGAAUCAGUUCCAAUCCAAUACGAUCCGAUCUAAUCUGAAUCAGUUUCGAUCUGAUAAGAUCCAAUCUAAUCUGAAUCAGUUCCGAUCAGAUAAAAUCCAAUCUAAUCUGAAUCAGUUCCGAUCCAAUUUUAUUAGCACGUAACGUUUUUUCUUUUAAUUAUAUAUUUAAUCAUUUUUCAUUCUUUUAUUUGCUUAAAUAGAAUUCAACAGUUUGAAAAAAAAAGGGUUAUGAAGGCUAUCAAAAAAAUCAAUUUACUGUAUUCAAUAUAUAGGUCUGAGAUGCAAUUAUUUGAGUGAAGUACACUUUGAUCUUAUCUAACAUUAGUGAACCUUAGUGAACUGUGUACAUAAACACCAUUUACUAUUACUGAUUGACUAUUUCGAAUUGAACCUAUUCACUAUGAACAUGUACAUACGAUUGAUCUAAUUCAUGUAUAUGUCUUACCUGCCUACUGCUUCGUAACUAUGUUUAAUGUAUCUAGAUAUAUGGCCCUGAUUUUUGUAGUUCUUCCCUUUAUAAUAAGCUUUGUUGUUGUUUUCUAAAAAAAGAUAUUUUAUUAUAUUGUUUGCUUCUCUUUUUCACUGCAUUGUACAAUAGUGUCUCGAAGGUACCGCUAUAUAUAUAUUGUAUAGUUUUGAUCUGAACUAAAUGACUGAUAUGGUCUCAUAGAAUUAGAUCUAAAUUGCUAACGUCAAUAUGACUUUUUGUAGUAAAUAUCCUUUGUGACCAUUUAUAAUUGAUAGAAUUUUUUUAUUAAAAAUUCAUCGUAAUACCUGCAGCCAAUAAUUUAAAAAAAAUUAGCAAUGUUCUUGUUCUCAUGUUAAUGUUUUUUUUAAUGUUUUUAGCCGCUAUUGGUUUCAUGUGGUCUGUCUGUCUGUCCGUCCGCACAAACUAGAAAAGAUGGAAAAUACGAUAUCAUGAUAUUUUAGAUCUUUAAAAAUUCUGAUGCAACGCCUUUUUUUCUGACCUAUACACGGAUCUUGAUAACAGCUUAAACGAUUUUCCUAUAAAUUUGACAGUUGAUGUAUAUCUCUGAGAAAAGAAUUGCUUGCUAAUUGGCCACAUAAGGAAAACUCUAAUUGACCGUUAUAAUUUUUUGAAAUAUUAUCUUCUACAUUAAAUUUGGUUAGCAACAAUUUGGGCACCGUCUUGUAAGUCUGACUCUUGAAGUCUGUCAUUACAAUUGUACAUACUCUGAGUACAUUUCCACGUUCACCUAACAUGGAGUCUUGUUUUCGUGGUGAGGGGGCCAUUGGGACGGGGUAAAAAUAUUCCUUUUUUUUUUAUCUCUCAUUUCCAUGAGUUAUUUAGUGUACAAUAAAGAGUCAUACGAAAAUGCAGCUGAUUUUUAAAGGAGGAAUUGUUUAUAAAAAUUUUAAAAAGUUUUAUGUCACUUGUUUUGUUUGUCUAUUUAUAUUUUUGAUUGUAAAAAAUAGAGUUUAGGUGCAUUGAAGUGUUCUAAUUAUAUUUCCAUCGUCAGAUUAAAUCGAUGUAGGGCAAUUAUUGAUAAGAAGAUAUUUCAAUAGGUCAAUAUCAUUCGUUUAGGGUCAUAGUUCGCGGACGUGUUCCGUAAUAUGCUGUUAACAUUUUAUGAAUGAUGAUAGCGACCAAAGUAAAACAAUUAGUAGGAAUGGGUUCAAUCUUUGUCUAGAGUGUGUAAAGUAUUAAAAUAAUUGGUACUGUCUCUAGAGUAUUCCUUUCAGUAAUACACUAUGUAUACAGAUGUGUGUUGACUAGCUCAGAAUUCAUUAGACCAGUUGGACUUUCAAUUUCAUACAUGACGUAAUAUUUCCAACAAAAAAUCUGACGCAAUAAGAUUACAAGAUGACGUGAUCAAACAGCGCCUAGCACUGUGUAGACAUUAACUGCAGAGACGUUCUGUGUCUUUACAUGUGUCACUUGUCCUCUCUCAAGGAUACUUUAUUUAUGGUCGUUAUGGCUACCGCAGUACCAAAAGGGAACCAAUACAACGAAGUCAAUUAUUGUGGAUUGUAUCAAUGCCAAAUGUGCAACAAGUUUUGGAAAAGCACCAGAAUUAAAUUAGAUCCCAUUACAUUGGAGUUCAAUGACAAACAAAGAUGUCGGCGUUGUCACAAUUUCUACAAGCCUUACAAAGUGGAACUCUUCAAAUGCAAAAGGUGCGGAAAAGUGCUUAAAAAAUGCCAGUGUGAAUCUACUGUUAAUAGUGCAAUCUCUUCUGAUGGAAAACCCAACUACAAGAAGCACGCAAACACGACCUUUGGGGAAAGUGAAAAUAGUCAUGGCAGCCAGCAUUUCGAAAAGUGUUUUAAUCAGACGACAAAGUCAUUUGAAAUGAAACAAGACUUGAACCCGAGCUCGUCAACCAACAGUAAAAAGCGCAAGACUGGGGGCUUAGCGUCCGUUCCCAUAAUUCCCUCUUCUCAUCGGAAAAAAAAUGGAGCAGUUAAUAAUCAGGAGAAAGUUGAGGACAUGAGCGAAGAGUUGUAUGAUGAAACUGAAGAGUUGUAUGAUGAAACUGAAGAUUUGUAUGAUGAAACUGAAGAGUCAGAAGAAGAUGAAAGUGAAGAGUCAGAGGAAGAAGUUGACUUUAUAGAGGAGGAUGACUUUGACUUAAUGUAUAAAGUGUAAACAAGACUGUUACAAAGAGUAGACAAAUGCCUUCCAAGCCAAAAAAAAAAUAUUUAUAAAACUGACUGUUCUUGUAUAUUAUCCCUGGCAGAGACACAAUAUCAGCUUUGAGAACGAAUUACAUUUGCUAAAGCUGAUUUAUAAGGCUAAAUAUCUUAAUAAUUAAUUACAUGAAUGAUUCAAAAUUGAA